AGAAGAAAACCCCACUUCUCUAAUCAGUCCUCACCUACGAAAGAUGCCCCAAAACUCUAAUUUUUUUAAUUUUUUGUUCUUUCUUUAUAUAUAUUUACCUGAUUGAAGCCAAACCAGUCAUUGAAAAUUGGCCAAGUUUCAUCAUGUCAAAUUCCAAGAGGUUCAUUUUCAUCCUCCUCGCACUUUUCUCUCUUGUUUCAGUCCAUUCUCUUACCCUUUCCUCAGAUAUCUCAGCCCUCCGAGCCUUCAAAUCCUCUGUAAAACCCUCCUCUAUUCCUCCCAAUUCCUGCCUAGCCACCUGGGAUUUCACCACCGACCCAUGCUCCGAGCCUCGUGUAACUCACUUCAUUUGUGGCAUCACUUGCAGUGGCAACCGAGUCACACAUAUCACCCUUGACUCACAAGGAUACACUGGUACACUCACUCCACUCGUCUCCAGGUUAACUCAGCUCAUAGCCCUCGACCUUGCAGAGAACCAAUUUUACGGUCCAAUCCCGUCAUCUCUUUCGUCUUUACCCAACCUUCAACAGUUAAUCCUUCGAGUCAACACAUUUUCUGGCUCAGUCCCGCAAUCUUUAACCAGUCUUAAAUCUUUACUUACUCUUGAUCUUUCACGUAAUUCUCUUUCUGGGCCCUUGCCAAAUUCAAUCAACUCACUCACCAGCUUGACGAGACUUGACCUGAGCUACAACAGGCUCACUGGGUUUCUCCCGAAACUCCCGACAAACCUUAAUGAACUUGCUGCGAAGGCAAAUUCUCUAUCCGGGCCUCUCUACAAGUCAUCAUUCGAGGGACUGACUCAGUUAAUGGUAAUCGAACUCAGCGAGAACUCGUUCACCAGAACUCUUGAACCCUGGUUCUUCCUCUUGCCUUCACUGCAGCAAAUCAACCUCGCUAACAACAGCUUUACAAGUGUCGUGGUCUUAAAGCCUGUGAAUAUUUAUAGCCAACUCGUCGCCAUUAAUUUAAGCUUCAACAGAAUCGGAGGAUUUUUACCGGCGAAUUUCGCUGACUACCCCAUGCUCCGAUCCUUAUCUUUGAGUUAC